AUGGAAAAUUCUGGUGUUUGCACAAGCAAAAAGAGACAUCCAAGACGUCGAGUUGCGGAUAAUAUCAGCAGGUCACCAGCGUCUUCAUCAGGCAAUCCAAAUGCAGAUUCUCCAGCGACAAAGCUUUUAGCUGCAUUGAGUAGAGCUCAGGGAAAAUCUGCUCCGGAUACACUGUUAUGUCCGACAAAGCAUGGUGCCCAUGGUCCGAGACCAAAAAUAGACCCAAUCAUUUCGAAAUUAAAGCCGGAAUCUAAAAGAAAAGGAGGUCUACAGAAUCAAAAUGUCCCCUUGUUAAUAACCCACGCGGAUGAGGGCAUGAGCAGUGUAGGGUCACGAAUGAGCCGAAAUCAAGGAACCACUGAGGAAGUGGGUCCAUCUACUUCUACCCCAAGGAGAUUACGUGAAAGCAGUCAUACUCAAGUUAAUCCUGUUGUUGAAUCGUAUUCACUAUGGUCGGUCAGUCCAACGAAGAGCACCCAGAAUGCGCCUCGAAUACCACAUGAGGUUCUGCAGGAUCUAACGUUCCGCUUUCUGGCAAAUAUUCCUGAUGAGGAGAAAUCAGACAAAGUUCGCAUGUGUUUCCAAGUUGAACUGGCUCACUGGUUCUAUGUUGAUUUCUACUGCAAACAAGAGGCUCGAAAAGACUGUGCUCAGAUGGGCAUGAGGGAAUUUGCUAGGCAAAUUUUUAAACACUGUGAUGAGCUUGCACCGUAUGCUGCACAUGUUGACCAAGUGAUCGACGAGUGGCGGUGGUAUAAGUCAACCGUUCCCACGUACGGAGCAAUCCUUCUCGACGAAUCUCUAAACCACGUACUACUUGUGCAAGGUUUCUACGCAAGCAAAAACAGUUGGGGUUUCCCCAAAGGAAAGGUUAACGAAGGAGAGGAACCACGGAGCUGCGCUAUACGUGAAGUGUUCGAAGAAACGGGUUUUAAUUUUGGUGACCAUCGCCCUCGCGGCGGUGAAAAGAAACUUCAAAAGUUCGUAAAUGAAACAAUGGUUCGGUUGUACAUUGUUACUGAUGUUCCUACGGAUUUCCCUUUUGCCCCACAGACGAGAAAUGAAAUCAGGAAGAUCCAAUGGUUCAAUGUUUGGGACCUUCCAACUGAUCGCAGUGAUCAGUUCCAUCGGCUGGGAAUUCUUUCAAAUCAUAACUUUUAUACUGUGAUGCCGUUCGUGCAGGAUCUUCAGAAAUAUAUAGUAAAAGAGCAAGAACGACGAGCUGUUGCCGUUGCUGAGCGUCAGAGACUUCGUGACUCUAAACCUUUGCCGUUAUCCGCAGUGGGGGAUUCGCAUACAAAAGACAUAUCAGCAGUUAUGGACGCUUUGCUCUCAUCGUCGGUUUUCCCAAGUAUGCAAGGGUCUGCUAAUGCGUAUAACACCAAACCUAAUACGGGUAUGCAGCUCCCAGCAGUUCCGUCACUUGCAGAAGCCGUACCAUCUGCCUCAACCAAUGCUCCAAGUUUGGCAUCGCAAAUGGCUACUUUUAGCUCUCGCGAGUCGCUCCUUGAUCGGACUAAUUCGAGAUUCGCAUCCAGUUCUUCUGGUGUUGCUCAGAACUUGCCCUACACAAGUCAUUUCCGCCCGCUUGAUAACAGCCCUACACGAAAGAACGUUCUUAAUGUGCUUGCCGGAUCCCUUUCUAAAGUUUCUCGUGGCUCAGCAGAAAAGGCUGCUCCUCAAAUUGCUCAUCCAAUUGCGAUUCCAGCACAACAGGGUACACCACCAUUUGUGAAUCACCCAGUCUAUGAAGCUCCAAAAGAAAAAUCGGCUAGGAUCAGUCUCAGCGAGACAUCGGCCUUCACAGCUUUCAAAUCUCCAUCAACGAGUUCAUCUGCCGACAUAGCUGCUGGAAACACACAGAAAAUAGAAAUGGAGUUGCACAAAUUGCUUUGUGGUUCAUCAGACGUAAGUGAUGCGACAGGUGGCGCUCAUGCUGCAGAGGAAAAAACCCCCACUGCUUUUCUGGAUAGCUUGAGUCCUGCCACGGAUAUGGGGUCAGAGUAUGGCUACUUUUCGGGUUUACCCUGCGAUGUGAAUCACACUGGAGUAGGGUACGUGCUUCCAUAUUCACGGGCGGAUGGAUUCAUUGUACAACUUUGCGAUGCUUGGAAGGAUUUUAAGCUCGACAGAACUGCGAUAUUUGCUGGACUUCCUGGCUUUGAAACAGCACGCUAG